AUAUUGAACUUUGAAACCUAUUCAUGAAGUAUAGGUCAUCCGAAGUAUUUUCAUGGUCUUUUAUGUUCUUUUGAUUUCCAUCACAUCCCAUCACCCACUGAUUCCUUUGCAGAAUUCCAAGUUUCCGCAUUGGCCUCAUUUUAUCCAUUGUCCAUUGAGGUUUGGGUGGGUUUGUGUUCCUGUCAAGCAAGUGCAUAAACUGAUCAGCUGAUCGUUAGAAAUGUCCGAGAAAAAGGAUGAGAAAAAGACUGAUCAAUCGGAAGACCCAGAAUUAGAUGAUCUCCUUGAUAAUGCCUUGGAGGAUUUCGACAAAAAACCAAAAUUAGAAGCCGAGAAAGAUGAAUCUUCGACAGCGGCUUGUUCUUCGCAAACAAGAACGUCUCAGGAACCAAUCUCUGUUGAUGAAGCUUGGUCGCAGGAUUUCAUCAAACAUGCAGCUGACCAGUUUGAAAAAAAUCUACAAAACUUAAUGCAAAACGGUGGAGAUACAGAACUUGGAGCUUCUUUUCAAAAAAUGGCCCAAACUGUUGCUAGUACCAUAACCGAAGGUGACCACCCUGAAGCUGUAUCUGCAGAUUUUCAGUCUGCGAUCUCCCAGGCACUCAAAGAUUUAUCGGCGACACAAGAAAAUAUACAACCCCCCGGAGGGGAUUUUGUUGAGGCAGAUUUGGCAGCAAUGCUCGAGCAGACAUCCAUGGAUGAAGGAGCAGGAGAGUUUUUACCAUUCAUGCAAGGCAUGAUGCAAUCUCUAUUGUCUAAGGAAGUUCUUUACCCCUCGUUAAAAGACUUAGUCGAGAAAUAUCCAAAAUGGCUGGAAGAAAAGAAAGAAACUUUACCACCAGCGGACCUCGAAAGGUACACGAAGCAACUGGAACUCAUGCAAAAGGUUUGUACAGAACUUGAAACUGAGAAAGAGGACGACGGAGAUGACGUGAAGAAACACAGAUUCGAAAAAACCUUAAUGUUGAUGCAAGAGAUGCAAACAUGUGGCCAUCCUCCCGACGAACUCAUUGGAGAUCAACAAACGCUUUUUCAAAGCGACCCAUCGGGAAAUCCAAUGGUUCCACCUUUACCACUCGUUGCCGAUCCUCAAAACUGUUGCGUCAUGUGAAACAAUAAAAAGUGCGUAGUUUUAUCUCAACUGUUUGAGAAAUAUCGAAUGUUCUUGAUUCAAGGAAGUAGAGUCUAAUCAUCCUUGAAAUCACUCCACAGAUUACUUCCGAACGAAUCAACUGUUCGAUGUCUAAUUGUACAAUUAUUCCACUAUAAAAUCGCGUCAUACUUUUUGUAAUAAAAGAACGCACUUUGGGCUCUAAUAUUCACAAGUGGGGAGAGAUCAUUUGUAAUAAAGAACUUGUACAGACAGUACCGUCAGUGUACACCAAAAUUUA